AUGGAUCAGGAGGAUGUGCCCAAGAAUGAAGUCGAGGGAGGAACACCAGAAGAAAUAAAAGAAGAUGAAUAUGCCGAACAAGUAACAGAAGUAGAAAAAGAAGAAGAGGCAGAAGAAGAGGCAGAAGAAGAGGAAGAAGAAGAGGAAGAAGAAGAAGGAGAAGAAGGAGAAGAAGGAGAAGAAGAAGAAGCAGAAGCCGAAGAAGGGGAUGGUGAGGAUGAAGGAGAAAUAAAUGAAGACGAUGACAAAGCCCCAAACAAGAUGAAAGUCAAAAAUAAUGCGAAAGAAAUGUUCUUUGACGUAAGCAACAAUUUUGAGGGGUUCGACAAUAUUCUGUUAGAUGUGAGACUAAGAAAAGCAUUGCUUUAUUUAUUUAAAUUCAAGCAUCCGACAAAAAUUCAAAAAAUAUCAAUUCCAAGUAUAUUAAAAGGUAAUGACACAAUUUUAAAUGCAAAAACAGGGUCUGGGAAAACAAUGGCCUAUUUGAUUCCAGCAAUUCAGAGAUUGAUAAAAUUCAACAUCGAUGAAAAAGAACAUUUAAAAUUUUUUUAUAAAUGUAUAAUUAUAGCCCCAACAGAAGAAUUAUGCUUACAAAUAUAUAAUGUGGGUGAUAAAUUAUGCUCAUAUUUAAAAGGAAUAGUAACAAUUAAUCAUAAUGUAAAUAAUAUUUUUUAUGACCAUCCUACUAUACUUGUAAGUACUCCUAAACAUUUAUGUAACUAUAUAUUAGAACAUAAAAAUAAAAAUAACCAAAAUAUAUUAUCCAAUUUAAAAAUAUUAAUUAUUGAUGAGGCAGAUGUAAUUCAUACAAAAGAAUUCCAAAAGCCAAUGUAUACACUAACACGCAAUUAUUUACCAAAAAGUUUUUCAAAAAAAUAUCAAAUUAUUAUGGCAUCAGCUACUUUAAAAAAAAAUAUUAUAGAAAAAACUAAACUAUUUUUGCAUAAGCCAAUUUAUUUAACUACUGAAGAAGAUCAAAAAACAACUGAAAUGAAAAAUAAGAAGCAUCCUAUUGAUAGUCAAAUUGUAGAAAGUUCUAAAAAAAGUCGAAAAAAUAAUACUGUAAAUGAUGAGGGUGUAAUAUCUCAGGGAAACGGUGAUGUCGAUGCAACAAAUUUAAAAUUUGUUGGAAAAUCCUUUUAUUAUCUUUAUGACGAGGAAUUAACAAAGUACAUUUAUCUAUAUUUAUUGAUAAAAAAUAAAACAGUCAAAUUUAAAUCGAUAAUAUUUACGGCAUCUACAACAGAUGCGUAUAAAAUAAAAAUAUUUUUAACAUACCUAAACAUCACAUCGUCUAUACUUAAUCCAAACCACCCUAUUUUGAUCAAGCAAAAUAUUAUUUUUUCUUUCAACAGUUCAAAAUUUUAUUUCUUAAUAUGUCCACAGUUUGAAAAAAACACGGUUCGCGCUUCCCAAAAGGAAUCAAUAAAUGAAAAUUUAUCUGAGAAUGAACCAACCAAGGACGAACUAACCGAUGAGGAACUCAAGAGCGAACUAUCUGAAAAUGAAUCAAUCAUAGAAGAUAUAAACAAUGAAGAAAUCGAGGGUGAGUUGUCUGAUGAAGAAAUCAAGGAUGGGCUCUCCAAUGACGAAAUCGAGGGCGAGUUGUCUGAUGAAGAAAUCAAGAACGAACUAUCUGAAAAUGAAUCAAACAGAGAAGAGAUCAACGAUGAAGAAAUCAAGGGUGAGUUGUCUGAUGGAGAAUCCGUCAAAGAGGAAAUGGAUUGGGACCAAAUUAGUGACGAAAAUGAAAAAGAAGAGAAAGACUUUUUAUACAACAGAGGUUUAGAUUUUCACAAUGUAAGUUGUGUUAUUAAUUUUAACAUGCCAUUAGAUAAAGAAACCUUUUUACAUAGAAUAGGAAGAACUUGUAGAUUAAAUACGAAAGGUAUAAGUAUAUCAUUUGUAGAUGAAAAUAAAGAAAUUGAAAAAAAUAUUAUUAAAGAAAUUGAGGAUGAGAAUAUAUGCUUUAUGAAAGAAAAAAAUAUGAAUUUUAAUAGUAUUGAAACUUAUAGAUAUAGAGUUGAAUCAACUUUGAGUAAAUGCACACAAAGAAAAAUAAAUUUAUUUAUUCAAAAAGAAAUACUAUAUCAUUCAUUAAAAUCCAAUGAAUUAAAAGAAUUUUUUAAUUCACAUGCAAGUGAAAAAAGAAAAAUUAACAAAAUUAUAAAACGUUUUAAUAAGCAUAUUAUUUCACAAAAAUUUAUUAAAGAUAGGAAUGAAAGUAUAUUCUUAAAAAAAAUGACUCCUAGCGAUACAAUCAAAAAAAAUGGAAGUUUUGACAAAAGAAGCAAAAAUAAUAACCGAGGUAUGCAACAUAUUGAAAAGAGAAAAAAGGGUUUUGCCAUAACUCAAAAAGGUUAUGAAGACCAAUUAAAGAAAGAACCCAAUGAAGAAGUUACAGACCCUACUAAGUUGCCUCCUUUGUUUGGUAAGCGACUAAGAAAUUAUAUGUAUAUGAAAUAUAUAAACACCAAAAAAAAAAAUACACUUGACAACGAUACGCGCCAAAAUCGUUUUAACGGUAAACAUUCGAAUCGUAAUAAAAAAGGUUUUAAAAAUAAUAAAUUUUCCAAAAAAAAUAAAUUCACAAAAACAAAAUAA